AUGCUUGAUCGCGCAUUGAUUUGUGCUAGUUGCACAUCGCGCUUGGCUCGUCCAAUUCUCCGGGUCAAGUCAUUCCCCACACGGUCUGUAUCAAGGCGAUUGAACAGUCAUGUGGCUUCGGGGAACCGGCCCACUCGAGUUGCCGUGGUGGGUUCUGGGCCUGCAGGAUUCUAUGCCGUAGCACGGCUAUUGAGCAAGAAUGAUGACCUUAAGGUUGACAUGUACGAGAAGCUCCCAGUACCCUUCGGGUUGGCUAGAUAUGGUGUUGCCCCGGAUCAUCCAGAAGUAAAGAACUGCGAAGACAAAUUCACCGAAGUCGCAAGAUCUCCACGCUUCAAUUUUGUCGGUAAUAUCGAUCUCGGACACGACCUACCUCUCGCCGCUCUCAAACCCCACUAUGAUGCCAUUCUUUUCGCAUACGGGGCUUCGCAAGACAAGGAACUUGGGAUUCCAGGAGAAAAUGCUCUUCGUAGCGUAUACUCGGCCCGCUCCUUUGUUGGGUGGUACAAUGGCCUACCCGAACAUCGGGAUUUGGACCCGGACUUGUCCAGCGGCGAGGAUGCGGUGAUUGUUGGACAAGGAAAUGUAGCACUCGACGUCGCCAGGAUUUUGCUGUCAGAUGUGGAUGCGCUUCGAACAACAGAUAUUGCCGACCAUGCUCUGGAAGCAUUGUCGAGGAGUCGGAUCAAGCGAGUACGAGUGGUUGGUCGCCGAGGACCGUUGCAGGCCUCCUUCACAAUCAAGGAAGUCCGUGAAUUGCUUCAAUUGCCUUCCCUCGCGUUCGAACCGAUUAGGGAAGACGUCUUACCUCCAGAUUCCGUCAUCAAUGCAUUGCCUCGAGCCCAGAAGCGAUUGAUGCAGCUUCUCGCCAAGGGCUCUGCCAAUGAUCCCCAGACAGCGAUCAAGUCUUGGUCAUUAGAUUUCCUCCUCUCCCCCGAAUGCCUUGAAUGGUCACCAGUGCACCCUUACAACCUUUCGCAUGCCAAGUUCUCUCGCAAUGAACUCGAUCCCUCCGAUCCCCACAACGCCAGUUCCAAAGUGACCCCAAAAUAUCUUUCGAAUGGCGAUCGCGCCCAGACCAAUCUCCCCGCCAGUGUCUUCUUCCGCAGUGUCGGCUACAAGUCACUUCCUUUACCAGGACUCGAGGACCUAGGUAUCCAAUUCGAUACUCGCCGUGGCGUGAUCCCUAAUGAUGGACUGGGUCGCGUGAAUGGUCCCACAGAUGUGGGUGAAACUCGUAAGUUGCCGGAUGGCUCAUUGAUCUCCCACUUGCCCGGUUUAUACUGUGCCGGGUGGGUCAAGCGCGGCCCGACCGGUGUCAUUGCGUCGACCAUGACCGAUGCCUUUACCACGGUGGAUACUAUUUUAUAUGACCUGGCCAGCCACCAAGGCUCUCUACUAAAUAAGCCCGGUCAAAGUACUGGCCUGGGCUGGGAUGGAGUCAAGGCCGAAGUGCACCAACGUGGGCUCCGGGCCACAUCCUGGCAAGACUGGCAGCGCAUCGACACUAUUGAGCGUGAGCGCGGUCAGCUGAAGGGUAGACCUCGCGAGAAGUUUACGCGUGUUGAAGAAAUGUUAGAGGCUCUUGAUUGA